AUGGCCCGUCCGGCUCAGGGCCGCCCAGAGCCCUUGCAAGUGAUGCUUGUAUCUUCCCCAGCCCCCAGCGGCUCCCCGCAGCGAGAUAAAAAGCCCACCGCAGGCUGCCUUUGCCUUUUCUCAGGGGCUCCCACAGUGGGGGCGACGGCUUGUGCACCUGUCCUGAGCUGUGCCAUAAGCGAACCCACAGCAGCUGCAGGCAGCCCUCCCCCAUUCCGCAGGGGCGGGAUUCUCCGGGUGAGAAGACCGGAGGAGGGAACCAGACCCGAAGGACCCGGAGGCGUUUUUGCUGCCACAGACCCCGAGAACCACCAGAGUGAAAAGAGAAACUUAACCAGGCUAACGGGGCGAGCAGGGGUGUGUGCAGGGCUUAUCGCUCCCCCAGAUCGCUUGGAGGUACAGAAAGCCCCUCUCGUUCAAGAACUGGGUAUCUCCGGGGCUCCAGCUCUCUCCCAGAGCCCAGAAACCCUCCUGGUUCAGACUGACCAGCGGGCGAGUGUCUCCUGCGAGAUCAAGUUAUCCACCACCACUUACGGCAUCUACUGGUUUCGCCUGCUCGGCCCACCCGGCAGCGAGCAUCGCUACGAGUUUCUGCUCCAGUCGGACGCCAAGGGCGGCUGCACCUACGGGCAGGGCAUCAACGCCACACGCGUCGCGGCGCUCCGAGAAUCCUCCAGAUCCACGCUGGUGCUUCAGCGCGCGAAGCCCGCGGACAGCGGCACCUACAUCUGCACGAUUGUCACCGGGCCGGUGCUGCAGUCUGGAAGCGGAACCCGGGUGAAAGUGGUUGAUGUCUUGCCUACAAUGCCUACACCCACCAAAAAGACCACCCCAAAGAGGAAAAUGUGCCCCAAAAAACUCCCAGAUGUCACUCAACAAGAUGGUCCUUCCUGCAGUGUCCUGCCCCUCAGCCUGCUGGUGGGAUGUAUCCUGAUUUUGCUGAUCUCCCUAAUUGUGAUCCUCCGAAUAAACUACUUAUGGCAUGUGGCCCGCCAUCACUUUGUGAAACAGCUUCAAAGAUGAGUACCAAAAGAAAAAAAAAGUUUUCCAAAUAGCCUGCUGAAGAAAUACACUGGACUUUACAUGAGCAGAAU